AUAUCAAAGUAACAACUUUUUAAUCCAUACUCAUAAAAGUUAAUUUCGAUACCUUAUUGGACACAAAAAAUUAUAAAUAUGACUUGGACGGUGCGAUCUUGGCUCUUUAUUCAAAGAGGGUUGAAAAUAUCUAGAAAUAUGUGUUCUUUGCCUUAUAAAGCCGAUUUAGAAGUUUUCCAAGAUCAACAACAAGUCGCAAAAAAUGUUAACAAAGACUUGUCUGACAUAACACCUUACUUUCCAGUAUCAUUUAAUCUUGCUGCAUAUGUAAAUCAAUCCGAAACGUUACAAAAUCUUAUAAAUCUUAACGUUAACCUUAGUAAAAUUGAAAAAAAGCCUCACCUAGUUUACAAAAUAUUAAAAUUGGAUUUUGAGAGAGAUAUAAAGAAGUCCAUCCUCUUCUUAAAAGAUUAUGUAGAAGUUGAAAAAUUGGGAGAUUUUAUAACCAAAAAUCCAUUAAUAUUAUGUGAACCAUUAGAUGACUUGGAAGUUAGAAUAAACUAUUUGAAGUCCAAAAAGUUUAAUGAUAUUCAAUUAAGGGAAAUUAUCACAAGAAAUCCAUUUUGGUUGAUGUAUAGCACACUGCGAAUAGACAAACGACUUGGUUUUUUUCAACAAAAAUUUAGUUUAUGUGGCAAUGAGGUUAGAGAACUAGCAACAAUGGCACCCAAAAUAAUAACAUACAACCUCCACCAUAUAAACACAAAUAACUUUGUGGUCAAAGAGGAACUUGGAUUUAGUGAUGAAGAAAUAAAACAAUUAAUAUUAAGUAAACCAAAGAUAUGGAUGAUAAAUCAAAAAGCACUGGUACAAAGAUUCCAGUACAUUCACAAUGAAAUGCAAAUUCCUCAUAAUACAAUACUGCAACAACCAGGAAUAUUGUUGUGCAGAAAUUUUAUAAUUAAACAGAGGCACAGCUUUUUAAAAAGUUUAGGAAGAGCUCAAUAUGAUCCUACCAAAGAAAAUUAUGUUCCCAUACUGGCAUUGUUUAAGGGCACAGAUUUAGAAUUUUGCAAGGACUAUGCAAAAUGUACGAUAGAUGUUUAUAACACAUUUUUAAAAACAUUGUAAUUGAAAAGUUAACCGGCUUUACCAAGGACAACUUUGUUUUGAAAUGCAUUAAGUGAAUGAUACAGUAGGGUAUCAAAAAUUCCAGCAACAGUGAACACUCCACCUACAAUUGCACAGACAUUUGUGGCAAAGUGGCCUAUAGACCUGUAAUGUUAAAAAUUAUUUAAUAACUAUCCACAGAAGUAUCACAGUCCCUUUAUCAUUUUUAUAAUACAAACCUUCCUUUUGCUGUAUAUUUAACCAUGAGUGGUGACAAUUCAUAACUAAAGAAUGCACCCGGCAUUCCGGAUUCAACAUUUAUAUUGGAUACUGACUUCUGAUGUCUUGUCACUGAAAACUGAUUAGUAUGUAAAAUGGUACCAUCCAGUUUUACAUACAUUGUUGGAACUAUUUUUAAAUAAUACUGAAACAUAACAGCACCUGUAACAAUGUCAAGAACAUUUUAGUACUUCUUUUAACAACAAAGCCAAGCAAAACAAUUAACUCAAAAUUAAGUCAUCAAAUGAAAUAGUCUUUAAAUUAUAUGAAAUCAAAGUAUUCUUUAUUUAAAUAAAUAUUUACAAAGAACUGUAGAACCACAUAUCUGUGUAGAUGCUAUUGCAGGCUUGAAAUGUUGUUCUUUUGAAUGAUUACAGAGUUUAGCAAUGAUAAUGAAAACCACAUUGCAUUCAUAUCAAUUAACUCCAUCCUGCACAUUCUGGUCUAACCAAUAUUCUGAGAUACUUAUGUGCUAAACUUUAGUAAAUAAAGGAUGUAGUUUACAGCUUAAUUAUCCAUGGAUAUUUUACGGCUUUCAUAAUAAAAAUCCUACGGUGAUCUCUAUUGCAAUUUAUUCACUACAAUCUGACAAAAAGAUACCAUAUAUGAUAAUAUUAUGGAAAUAGCUUUAACAAGCUUAUUCAAACUUUUAAAAUAUGUUGAGUGGCAAUCAUAAAAGACAUGUGAAUAUUAUACAUAACAAUAUUGAUGAAUCUGAUGUUUGUUAUUAUUAUUAAUAAAAGAUCUUUACUCGGGUCUCAAAAAUUUAUAUGUAGGAAUUCUAUAUACUUAUAUAAUAAAACAUGUGCUCUAAAAUUUAGCAAUAUAUCUCUUCUUUUUUCCAGUUCACUCCCUAAUAUCCUAAUAUUUAUAUCUGUAUUAUGUGUGUAUUUAUUUUUCGAUUUUUAUAUAAUUGCAUGACAUAACAAGACAGCUUGUAAGUUUA